AAUGCUUCUCAGUAUCAUAUGUCCCUAACUUUAAAGAUGGUGAAUGAAAUGAAGGUUGGAAUUCAAAAUAUGACGGUUGGAAUACUUGCUGCUAACAGAACAAUCGAAAUCCUGCGUAAUGAAUCAGCAAAAGUGACGAAACGGGCUAUGGAAGAACAAAAGUUGUACAAAGACAAGCUUUUAGAUUUAAUUCAAAUAAAAAUCAACAAAAAGAAUGUGAUAUCAAAAUAUUUUGCACCACCCUUUGAAGAAUGCUUGAAGCAUUUUGAUGAAAAUUUUGGGCUGUUUACCAAAGGACUGCCAUUUUUGCCAACUGAGCUGAACGAAAUAGGAGAAAUAAAAGAUGAUGCAUACAGAAAAAGAUUCGAAGCUUUCUCAGAGGAAGUUAUUAAAGUGGCGGAAAGAUGCUUGUUGGAAAUGAAAAAAGAUAAUUUUGUUUUUGAGUUUAAUUAUGAAGCUGCGAUUAAUGAGAUUAAGGAACGGCUUCCAACUAUAUUUUACGAAAGCCAAGAAAGGCACAUUGAGUCAGUUUUGGAAUGCGAAAAAAGAUUUCGGUCUAUGCUUAAAAAAAUGAAAUCGAACACCGAGCAUUCCUGUCAAGAAAGUCAAUUUUACAAAAUUGACUUAAAUUGGAUUACCUUACCUUGUAAUAAAAGUGCCCUAAGAAUGGGAAACUUUAAAAAUGGCCUGGUAAAAUUUGAAGACGCACUAAUGCAAUGUUUUGUUGAUGUUAACAGUGACUCUGAAGAAAUUUUGCAUAUUCGUUUCUUGUCAAAGAAUAUCAAAGAGAUUUCGUGCGUAUUUUACAAUUUAAAAAUGGAAGAGAAAGGAUUUUACUUUACGAUGUUUAAUCCGCAUAAAGAAAUAGACGUAGCAGAGUUGCGGAAUCAAGAAUUUGUGAUGGAUGAUCACGUAUUGGUUAGAUUCACUCCUCCAAAUAUCACGAGAGCUCAUUUCGAUAUGUAAAUAAUCUUUUCUUCUAACAACUUUGAUUGAAGUAGAGACAAUAGAGAUUCGAUGUUUUUUUAAUUAGAAGAAGAGUUUAAGAAGAAUGAAAAAGAAAGAAAAGUGUUGGCUAAAAGAAACAUAAGCAAAGCGGAAAGCGAUAUGCUUUGCGCGACUGAUAUAAGAGCUAUGAUUGAAAGAUCCAACUCAAUCAAUUCACUUUAAAUGUUUCUAAGUAAAGUAAGUCAUACUCAAUGAAAUUAUGUUCGUGUUCCCUACGUCAAUUUCUUAAGCAUGUGGGUGCUUAAGUUUCUGAAGAUCUUUGCAGUCUUACUAAAACAAUUUUUAUCACUGUUCGCGUUAUUAAUAAGAUCAGCAACUUAAUAGUCUUCU